AUGUCUACCUUUGGCUACAGAAGAGAGCUCAGUAAAUAUGAAGACAUUGAUGAAGAUGAGCUCCUCGCUUCUCUCACUGAAGAGGAGCUGAAGGAGCUGGAGCGGGAGCUGGAGGACAUAGAGCCCGACCGUAACCUUCCGGUGGGACAACGGCAGAAGAGUCUGACGGAGAAAACACCGACGGGGACUUUCAGCAGGGAAGCGCUGAUGGCCUAUUGGGAGAGGGAGACCAAGAAACUCUUAGAAAAAGAGAGAUUGGGUGCGUGCGACAAGCAAGAAGACAACUCAGAAGACAUUCAAGAAGAACUUUUCACAGAAAGCAAUAGUGAAGUGUCUGAGGAGGCAUAUACUGAAGAGGAUGAUGAAGAAGAAGAAGAAGAGGAUGAGGAGGAAGAUGAAGAUGAGAGUGAUGAUGAGGAUGAGGAAAAGCAAAAUGCUGCAGCUGGUGAAAGUCCUGAGCAUGGCCGGAGUUCUGACCACAUAGGACGCAAGAAGUGUAACGAUGCAAAGGACAAUGAAAACUUACUCAAUGGCCAUGAUGGAAAAGACACAGAUAAUCUGAGCUUAAAAAGCAGUGCCAUCCACCCUUGUGGAAAUCCAACAGUUAUUGAGGAUGCUUUGGAAAAAGUUAGGAGCAACGACCCUGACACCACAGAGGUCAAUCUGAACAACAUUGAGAACAUCACUUCACAGAUGCUUAUACAAUUUUCUCAAGCCCUGAGGGACAACACAGUGGUUAAGUCAUUCAGCUUGGCUAACACACAUGCUGAUGACAACGUUGCAAUAGCUAUUGCUGGUAUGUUAAAGGUAAAUCAGCAUAUAACUAGUCUGAACAUUGAGUCAAAUUUUAUCACAGGCAAAGGAGUGCUGGCCAUCAUGAGAGCUUUGCAGAAUAACAAGGUUCUAACAGAACUGAGGUUCCACAAUCAAAGGCACAUCAUGGGCAGCCAGGUGGAAAUGGACAUAGUUAAACUGUUGAAAGAGAACACCACUCUGGUCAAGCUUGGAUACCACUUUGACCUUGCUGGCCCAAGAAUGAGCAUGACAAGUAUCCUGACAAGAAAUAUGGAUAAACAAAGGCAAAAGCGUAUGCAGGAGCAGCGGCAACAAGAGUCUGGUUGUGACGGAGCCAUCAAUCCAAAGAGCAAAGUCUUGCAGAAGGGGACACCUCGGUCUUCACCUUAUGUGUCACCUAAGAGCUCACCUUGGUCCUCUCCAAAGCUCUCUAAGAAAGCAUCACCAGUGAAAAGUCAGCCUCCAGCUCGCAAGGCACCAACCAGGAAUAUAGCCGAGGUCAUCAAACAGCAAGAAAGUGCAAAAAAAGCCUUAGUGAAUGGACAGAAAAAGAAAAAAGGCAAAAAAAGCAAAAAACAUGAGAACAGCAUAUUGAAAGAAAUUAAAGAUUCUCUAAAAUCAGUCUCGGACAAAAAAUCAGAGGAAGGCUCACGACCCUCCACUCGUCCCUCCACCCCACAGAGGUCUCUCCAUGACAACCUUAUGGAAGCAAUUCGGGCAAGCAGCAUAAAGCAAUUGAGGCGGGUGGAGGUACCAGAAGCCCUUCGGUGA